UUGAGUUGCGAUUGUCGUGGAAUGUGCUUUCCAAAAACUGCUUGAUGACGGACUUUGUGUUUUUUCUGUGACGUUAACUUGGCGUGAGGAAUGUUGACCUUUUGUUCCCGCGUUGUUCGCUCGAGUCUGAGGGUGUGAAACUCUCUGUCUCUGGAACGCACACGGGAGAUGGGGCUGACCAGGCGUCACGUUCCACAAUGGAGCUAACGGCAACCCCGACGACAUCCCUGACCUUCCAGAACUCCACGGACUAUGCCAACACCUCCCGCCCCUCCAGACCGGCACCCCCCCACACCCAGGCCGCAGCUAUUGCCAUCAUCCUGGUGGUGUCCGUCAUCAUCCUGGUGACCAUCGUGGGGAACGUUCUGGUGGUGGUGGCGGUGUUCACCAGCCGGGCCCUCCGUGCUCCCCAGAACCUGUUCCUGGUCUCGCUGGCGUCCGCUGACAUCUUAGUGGCCACUCUGGUCAUCCCCUUCUCGCUGGCCAAUGAGGUGAUGGGGUACUGGUAUUUCGGACGUGCCUGGUGCUCUUUCUACCUGGCGCUGGAUGUGUUGUUCUGCACCUCGUCCAUUGCCCAUCUCUGCGCCAUCAGCCUGGACCGUUAUUGGUCGGUCACUAAAGCGGUGAGCUACAACCUGAAACGGACGCCGAAGAGGAUCAAGUCGAUGAUCGCGGCGGUGUGGCUGGUGUCGACCGCGGUGUCCUUCCCGCCGCUGCUCAUGACGGACGAGGGCGCGGGCGACGCGGGCGAGUGCCUCCUCAACGACGAGACGUGGUACAUCCUGUCGUCGUGCGUGGCGUCCUUCUUCGCGCCGGGCCUCGUCAUGAUCCUGGUGUACUGCAAGAUCUACCGCGUGGCCAAGCUCCGCGCCUCCACCGUUUUCGCCGCCAAGAGCGGCAUGGAGCGCCAGCCGUCGCACUCGGAGACCUGCUUCACCCCGCGCGGCGGACGCUUCCCCGACGACGGCCCCAGCCCCCUCGGCGGAAGACGGCAGGACGACGGCGAGCUGGACGCCAUCGACCUGGAGGAGAGCUGCACGGCCGCGCCCGACUCCCGCGCCAAGAGGCCACACUUUCCCCGGCGAGGGAAGGUGGAGGGGGCGGAGGGCGGGGGGGACCAGAGCUGCCGUCUUUCCUGGGCGUCCCACCGGCCGACCGAGCUGCUGGCCGAGCCGGAACCCCGACCCAGGCUGCCCUCUGCCUCCAAGACCAAGCUGGCCCAGGUGCGUGAGAAGCGCUUCACCUUCGUACUGGCGGUGGUGAUGGGGGUGUUCGUGCUGUGCUGGUUUCCGUUUUUCUUCACCUAUAGCCUCCACGCGCUCUGCAGGGAGCGCUGUGUCAUCCCCCAGGGCCUGUUCAACCUCUUCUUCUGGAUCGGCUACUGCAACAGCUCCCUCAACCCCGUCAUCUACACCAUCUUCAACAGGGACUUCCGCAGGGCUUUUAAGAAGAUUGUGUUCCAGAACCAUCGCAGGAAUCGCACGUGACUUUUUCUGCAGGGGUUUAUUUUUGGAAUGGGGGACUUAAAAUAAGUCAAGCUUUCGGUAUGGAUGGAAGUUUGUGGGUAUUUGUG